AUGUUCCCUAGAUGACCUGGUGCACUGCACGCGGCUGGUUGGUGCUCAGUGGGCUGUAGUACAUGUCGACCUGCUAUCCACUGCGGAGGCUGCCUUCUCACUGCUGCCCCCUGACACUCUCAAGAAGAUUUGGGUGAUCGGUGGCGCCGCUGGAACGUCAACCAUCGACGACUUGGCGGCCCACGAUCCUUUGCCACCCGUGACCCAGAAUGAUGACGUGGACCCGGCCUCGACUGUGUGUCAAAUCCCUUUCUCCUCCGGUACAACUGGCCUACGCAAGGGAGCGAUGACCUCGCACCGCAGUGAAGUCUCCAGAAUGAUGAUGAUCAAGCACUUGGUGAACCACAAGCAGUGGCUCGGUCAGCCCGAAGACUACUCCACUUGUAUGCUGGUGACUUCCCUGAGCCACGCUUACGCACACAUGUUUAUCUUCGCUACUUUAAUGCUUGGCGGGACAUCUGUCAUUGCGCGUCAUUCAGACAAACUGUUGGAAAUGAUAAAUGAACAUAAGGUGACGCUUGCUGUCUUGUAUCCAUAUCACCUUAAAAUGAUGAUAAACUCAGUCGCGUCGCAUGACAACAAACCUACAUCUCUGAAGGCCGUCACCACAGCCGCGGCCCCCCUUGCUGCUUCCGUUGCUGAAGCCUUCAGACAGAAGAUGGACGUAUCCGUGUACAACAUGUGGGGCAUGACGGAGGUUACAAGCAUCUCGACUAUGUGCCUCGUAACAUCGGACUACAAACAGUGUUGUAUUGGGAAAAUAUUACCAUUUUUCGAACUUAAGGUGGAGGACGUGAAAACCAAGCAUAUGCUACCUCCGGGGCAGUCUGGUGAAUUCAGGAUUCGGAGCCCGAUGACCCUGCUGGGCUACGUAGACAACCCUGCUGCUACUGCCGAGAUAAAGGAUGACGACGGCUGGAUUCAUACGGGUGACUAUGGCCACUAUGACAACCAGGGAUUCAUUUACCUAACAGACAGAAUUAAGGACCUGAUAAAGGGCUUGAGGAAUACGAAGGUGCUGCCGUCUGAAUUAGAGAAUUUGUUGCUGCAACACCCGCAUGUGGCCGAAGCUGUUGUGGUGGGCGUGUAUGGCGACGAUUUAGAAGAGUUGCCGAGAGCGUUCGUGGUGCUUAAGCCUGAUACCCCGAUGGAACCUUGUGUGUUGCUGAAGUUUGUGAAUGAUCGUGUUCCCGACUACAAACAACUGAGCGGCGGUGUGUGGAUUGUGAAAGACAUCCCUAAAAACAGCAGCAGCAAACCUCUGCGGGGACUCCUGAGGGACGGCAACAUUACCCCGCUCAAAAAAUGCUAAUAGCGAAUCGUGAUAAACUAAAAUAAUACAUAUUAUUUUUUUAUUUAUUAUGGUUAUUAUAAUUCGUACCACAAUCUUCUUUCGUAUCAAUAUAUUUUUUUUACUAGCACUCAAGGGCAAAAACAAAUAAAACGUGUAGAGAAGAUUGGCUUAGAGAAAGGUUAUUUUCGGAUGGAAAAGUGUCUCGAUACGUAGGAAGGCUGUUCCAAAGUUUACCAUUAUAAGGGAUGUGAGAAUGAAAAAAUGCUGGUUAACUCUUGCAUAAGGGACUUGGACAAUAUAGGGAUAUGCUAGAGUAGAAUGUUGAGUCCAGCGAGGCCGUGGGAAGGCUGGAGUCAUGUAUUUAGCAAGCUCAGCAGAGCAGUCAGCAUGAAAAUAACGAUAGAAGAGAGGCAACACUGCGGCGGAAUAUAUGAGAUAGAAGAUUGUCAGGAAGGGGAGGGGGCUUGAUAAGACGAAAAUACUACUCUGUCCUAAACGCCUGUGUGUGUGGAGCCCCCUCCCCUCCUUAAACAUGAGAUAUAUAUUCCGCACGAGGGCGGACAAGGCCCUUGUAUAAAAUUAUAGACAGCAUCUGUGUUAUAAUGAAUCUUACAGAUUUCAAUAUUAUAAAAUCAUAACAUUUAUUGAUACAAUUAUCACAAGGAGAUCCUUACGUCACGAGGCCUACCUAAUAAUCGGUUCGGGGUGUCAACGAUUUGCUGAACAGAUAGUGGUAAAUAGCGGAACAAAGAGUAAGAACAGUGUGGCGUAUAGCAAGUACCGUGCAGCGGGUGGCGCUGAGGCCUAUUAUGGCAAGGACUUUGUCCCGUGGCUGAAAGGCAAGAUAAUACUUUUGUUAUUUUUGGCAUACCGAAUGGUUCAGCAACAAAUGCAGCUACAGGAAACAUGAGUGAAUAGUGGCAAGAAGGUGAGGUCAGAUAUGUGUUCAUAACUGACCUUGCUCCAGCUAAUUCGACCACUGGGAUACCAUGCAUGCUUUCAAACCAUGCCUAUAAACGCUCCUGUCAAUAAUAACAAAAUGUGUUCUAAAGACUGAACCUCCUGCUCCUCUACUCCACCAUUCCUAAUUAUAAAGAAGCGAUACACUAUACUCACCAAGUGACAAUGGGAAAUAAUGCUGUGUGCUAUGUUUGUCACAAGCCAGUGUGUGGCAAGAACUCACCAGC